CCUCCUCCCCUCCUCUUUUUGGGGUGUCUCCACCCUCCCCGCUUCCUCCUCGCCACCCCGGAGCCAUCGUGGCUGCCCCGGCCCCCCUCGGAAGGGAUCCCAUGGAUUCCCCGAUCCCAGAGGAGAUCCGGAAGUUCCUGGCAGAGGCUGAGGAAUUCCUGGCGCGGGGUUUGCAGGAGGAGCCGCUCAGCGCCGGGGCGCGGGAGCAGCGGGACGCGAUCCUGCGCCGCUUCCAGCUCAUCCAAGCCAGGUACCAGCUGGAAUUCCCAUCCCGAGGAGAGGAUGAGUGCGAUGGACAGGAUGGCUCCGGUGAAAAUCCCAGCUGGAAUUUCGGCCCUUCCCAGAUUUCUGAGCCCUCGUUCCCAGCAGAAUUCCAGGAUGAGGGCCCCGAGGAGAUCCCAAGGCCCGUCCAGGAUCCCGGGAAUAUUUUGAAGCAAGGAUACCUGGAGAAGAGAUCCCGAGAGCCCAGCUUUUUCGGCUCCGAGUGGCACAAGCGCUGGUGCGUCCUCACCCGGCGGGAUUUCCUCUACUACGCCAACGAGAAGAGCAAGCAGCCCAAGGGCUCCUUUCCCAUCGAGCGCUACCACGCCCACCUGGAUUCCCAGCUCCGCAAAGAUUCCCGGAAAAAAUGCUGCUUCCAGCUGCUCUGCCCUGGAAAACGCUCCUACGAGUUCACGGCUCCCAGCCCGGCCGAGGCCCAGGAUUGGGUGGAGCAGAUCCAAUUCCUCCUCAAGGACCUGAGCUCCCUGACCAUUCCCUGCGAGGAGGAGGAGGAGGAGGAGGAGGAGCUCUCCAGGGACCGGGACAGCUCCGAUUCCAUGGACAAUUCCCAAAAUUCCACCCUGAAUCCGGAGGAGCCGGAGCUGGAAGGCGACGACAUCUACGAGGUGCUGCCAGAUGAGGAGCUGGAGCCGCCAUUCCCGGAGGAUGAGCAGGAUUUCGGGAGCAGGGAAGGAAAUUCCGGCGGGGAUUAUUCCGAUUAUUACCAGGGGCUGUGGGAUUGCCGCGGGGACAAUCCCGACGAGCUCUCCUUCCGGCGGGGCGACCUCAUCCGCAUCCUCAGCAAGGAGUACCCCGGGCACGGUUGGUGGGUCGGGGAGCUCGGCCAGGAAAUCGGGAUCGUCCCGAGGGAAUUCCUGAUGCCCGCCUUCGACCUGGAGUGAGCGGGAAGGGGCAGGCGGCACCGGGAGCGGCGGCAGCGCGGCCCGAGGCAUUCCCUGGAUCCCAAAUCCCACAGAUCCCACAGAUCCCGCGGGAUUCCCUCCGCAGGACCCGGCGCUGGAACCG